AUGAUUGGAUCGUAAGUUUACUCCAAUUUUAUUUUGAAAUUUCAAAUCCGAAUUUUUUCAGAAAUAAAAACAAAAAAACUUUAAUCCAUGCUCAUAUUGUUUCUGCAAUUAUUCACAUGCUUUUAUUCAUUUAUUUGGCUGUUGUUCAAUUGAAUGAUCAACUUCAUGACAAAACAUCGAGAAGUAGGGAAAAAAUAAAUUUCAAACCAAAAAAAGUUGUUUUUUUCCAGUUAUUGCAUCGGCUAUAAUUGAGGUGUAUAUUAUUUUAUCGUUGGUUCUCAUUGCGAUUAUUUGGAAAAUGGAAAUUGAACAUCCGAGGUUUAGAAGACUGUAGGUUUGGGAAAAUGAAGGGAGAAAAAAUUAUAGCUCAUAUUUUCAGAAAAAAACCGUUUUUUGAAGCUUCUGAUUCAUAUAUAUAUAAAAAUAAGGACUAUUCUCUGGCAAUCUUUUUGACACUUGACAAACAUUUUUUCAGCUAUCCACUUUCUCACAUUUUCGUCACAACCGUUUUCCAAUUGUUCACUCAACUAAUAUCAGAAGCAAAAACAUAUGAAACAAUGUUUACCACAUAUGUUACUUCAGGAUCCGCUGUCGUCCACUUGAUUUUUCUACUUAUUGAAUUGAUUUAG